AUGUACGUAGGAGGUUCAAUGCGAAAGUCAUUCAAGGAUUCUCUUAAAGUUCUUGAAGCCGAUAUUCAGCACGCUAAUACUCUGGCAUCAGAUUUCCCAAGAGAAUAUGAUGGUGCCUGCCUACAGAUGAGAAUGUCCUACAGUCCAGCUGCACACCUGUUCCUGUUUCUAGUACAAUGGACAGACUGCCACCUUGCUGGUGCUCUUGGACUGUUGAGAAUCCUAAUUUACAAGGUUUAUGUGGAUGGCACCACAACCAUGUCUACCCACGAGAGAAAAGCAAGCGUCAGAGAAUUCUAUGCUGUCAUUUAUCCCUCCUUACAACAACUUGAAAGAGGUGUGAGUGAUACAGAAGAUAAAAGGCAAAAGGCAGUAUGCAUGGAAAGGUACAGAAGAAGAGAUGAUGAGGAACACAGGCACUGUUCGGAUGUAGAUAUUGAAAGGGAAGAAGAAUGUGGAAUUUGCAUGGAGAUGAACAGUAAGAUUGUGUUGCCCAACUGCAACCAUGCCAUGUGCUUGAAAUGCUACCGUGAUUGGUGUUUGAGAUCACAAUCAUGUCCCUUUUGCCGUGACAGUCUGAAGCGAGUGAACUCUGGUGACCUCUGGGUAUUUGUGGACAGUAGGGAUGUUAUCGAUAUGGCUACAGUAACAAGGGAGAAUCUCAGAAGGCUGUUCAUGUAUAUAGAUAAGUUGCCUUUAAUCGUUCCCCAAAUGCUUUUUGACACCUACGACAGUCAUAUAAGAUAG